UACAUUUACAACAUAGGGGUGGGGGGGGGGGUGUGGCAAUGAGGUACAGUAAAAAUGAGAUAAAGCAGUCUAAAAUGAUCCAAAAUCAUGUAAUUUGAAGAAUGUUUAUUUAUUUUACAUGCAGACACCUCAGCUUUAUAUAAAUCUGUUUUACUUUUCUCAUGUUCAGUUCAUGGCCUGGUUGUUUGUCUGCUCUAGAUCUGCUGUAACAAACUAUCCUGAGGCCAGUUGCUGCCCCGCUGACUAAAAGGUCACAGAUACACAAAGUGCGUGUUGCUUCUUGACCACACUCUAGUGGUUAAAGCGCAGAGAAGCUAUCAGAAGCGGGCAGGUACAAAAAAACACCUCCAUCUCACUUCCUUUGAACUGAACUGCUCUCGUCCACAGGAAGACGCAGCUCUUUUUCUACCAGUGUCUAACUGCAUUUAUAAAAUCACCAUUUUAGUAUAAUUAUCAAUCAAUUCAUUAAAUAAAUUCUGUCAGAAUAAUUUAACACAAAAGUAAACACCCAGAAUCUCACAAACAAAACGCAACACACAUCCAUCAGGGUGAGUUUGACUGUCAGUGAACUCGUGAUGCUCGUAUAGUCUUAUCUACGCUCUGGUUGCUUUUCAUCAAAGUUUCAUCUUUUCAAUUCCUCUGCUUUCAUUUCAUGCACCUCAACAAUAUGCAAUACCAACAGCUGCAGUCUCAGAGGAAGGAGGAGGGUGUUACUUGACAACCCUAUGAACCGAUCACAUCGCAGCGCUAACAUCACCGAGGUGACAGGAUGGAGGGAACAUCUCUGCUGUGGCUGCUCUCUCUGACCUCAUUGCUAUGCCACACAACAGAAGAAGCCUCUCUGACUGCGAGUCCCAGCAGCUCUCAGAUGUUUGAAGGAGACUCCGUCUCUCUGGGCUGUGAGGAGGACGACGGCUCAGCUGGAUGGAGGCCGACGAGGAAUACGACCAAGCAGCAGAAGACCAGAUGUGGAGAUGGGUGGGGAAUAUCAGAAGGUUCUUCCUGUAACAUCAGCUACAUCUUCACAUGGGAGAGUGGAACUUACUGGUGUGAGUCCGGAGAGGGAGAAACCAGUAACAGCAUCAACAUCACUGUCACUGGUGGAGCAGUGAUCCUGCAGAGUCCUGUCCUCCCUGUGAUGGAGGGACAUGAUGUCACUCUGCACUGUAAAACAAAGACCCCUCCCUCCAACCUCCCAGCUGCUUUCUAUAAAGAUGGCUCCCUCAUCACAGAGACUACAGGUCACAUGACCAUCCACCAUGUUGACAAGUCUGAUGAAGGCCUCUACAGCUGUGACAUCAGAGGUCAUGGAGAGUCUCCACCCAGCUGGAUCACUGUCACAGGAAAACCUACAACUUCAUCCGCUCCCACCUCUACAUUGGCUCCUCCCACCUCAGCCCCGCCCUCCGCCUCAGCCCCGCCCUCCGCCUCAGUCCCCCUCCAGGUUGUAUUCAGACUGCUCUACCACCUGGUGGUGUUCUGUCCAUACUUCAUCUCCACUGUCAUUAUGGUGUCUUUAUAUCGACAGAGACCCACAGGAAAUGACCGACCUGUCUCUAUCUCCGUGGCAACAGCACCACCCACCCAGGCUGAGCAGAGAUUGGCUGAGGACAGCAAUGAUAGCGAUGACGUCGUGGCAGUCACCACAGAGCAUCACUUCUGAGCUGAACAAUCUCUGGCAGAUUUACUUUUAUUUGGGAGGAACAAAUAUUAAAUAUAUUAGAAAACAUUGUCCGUGAUCCAUUUCCAUUUAUCUGUGGAGCUGUUUCCUGUAUCAGCCAGCAGGUGGCAGCACGUCAUAACCAGACUAUUACAGGAGCUUCAGCUGGUUCAACAGAUGACAGUCCAUCCAAACUAAACUAAAUGAAAAGCCAGAGAAAACUAUAACAGGGCAUCUGCAAGUCCACCAACUUAAAUUUAAGACUUUUAAAGCUGUUUUUUUGUUUUUCACUUUCACUUUAAGACCAGCAGGUAAAUCUGAAGGAAAUGAAAAGACAAAGUGCUUGGAUCUUAUAGGAUGUUAGUCCAGGUGGUUCACUAACACGAGGAAUAAAGUCGAGUUAUUGAUUCUGAAUAAUAUGUUAUUAAAGGUGACAAAUGACCUAAUUAGAAAAUAAAUAAUCGCUGCUCAGGAAACAUGGAGGCUGUCGCUUGUUUUUUUUAAUAAAACACUUCCUGCUUUUAAUGGUCAGUUUUGAAAUACCAGUCCAAACCAGAGUAAACCAUCCAGGGAAAUCCCCAACUUCUGCGGAAGUGACACACAACACUAGAAACAUCAUGUGACCUUCUUAAACCAAUCACCAACCAGUCAUAUCAUAGAGUCACAGCAUGAAGCAGUAGUUUUGUGAUGUAACUCCUGAAUGGGUUGCAUCAUUCAUUCAUCAGUACAAUCCAGUCAGAGAUAACAUGUAUGAUCUCUGUGUAACACCGCUCUCUAACAAUGUCUUGGAUUAAUUUCCAGUGACCACAUUGGAGUCACAGGUUAAAAAUGUUCUUUCUUUGUGCAGCAAACUGAAUAUUUUUCCAUCCAGAACAAUCUGGAAACAUACUUCAGAACAACAUUAUUUCUAAAAUAACAGGAUUUACAUUCUUUGGAUCAGGUGAUCCGAUGAAAUCAGGUGUUAAGUCACAGAGCUGGAGUCCACAGUCACAGUAAGGCACAGCACAGCAGAUAUGAAUCAUAUUUCCAGUAUGUGGAUUGCAAGUCCAGUCUGAUAAAAAAAAAAAAACAAUAACCACCUCCUUAUUCAGACUGAACUGAUGGGGGAAGUGUAACAGAGAGCAGCUUCAAACCACAAAUCCUCCACCCCAUAAAUGUUCUAUAUUUUCUUUUGUCCCUUAUUACAGGGACAGACCAAGGCUCAAUUUAUUUUCAUUUCUCACAUACACAGUUACAGUCCAGGAAGCUCUGAAUGGUGACUGAAUGGUUACAUCUGUUCUAUCAGCAGGAUGUUGGUGCAAAGUUGAUAAAAAACUGACACGCUGCCUGAUCUUGUGAACUGUUUUACAUCAGAUAUAGAAUGGCAUCUGAACUAUUAUUAAGUCAGCUAUGCCAAACAACUUCUGACGUCUGUGGUUCAUGUGGGACUGGUUCAGUAGGAUUCCAGGUGACAUCAGACGAGGGUGUUACCAUAAUUCCUCCCAGGGAGUGUCGUCAGGGUAAAGCACUUAUUCACAUCUAUGGAAAACGCACCGACCAUGUAUCCAGCAGAUGAAACAAAAACACAUUUUAUUUUAAUUUGUGGCAUCAUAAAUGUUUGAAACUAAUCAGAGCUCAGAGACGAUCGCCUCCCAGCAGAAAAAGCUACGAUAACAUGCACGCAACACCAAGAGAUUUAACAAUGGUUUUCAAUGUUUGCAUUUCAACAUUUUUCUGUUCACUUACAUUUGUUUAUUAUCUCAUUCUAGUUUUUCCUUUUUUCUAAGUCACUUCCUCCUUACUACCUCAGUGUUGUAACUGUAACAAAGCAGGCAUACAGGCAUUAAUAAAGCUUUUCUGAUUCUUAUUUUAUAUCUGUGUGUAUUUCAUUCUGGAGAUGUUUAUUUUGUGAGUUUACAUGAGUUCAGAAGUCAAAGCAACAAAGAAGAGUUUCUAACAGAGUAUUCUAUUUCACAUAAUUAUUUAUAAAUGAAUCAGCAAGUGAGUACAUUCAUUCAUUUGAAUGUAACAUACACGACAUUUCAUCAGCUGAUAGAACAUGAAGCACAGUGAUAGAUUUAACCAGGAAAUGAAACAGCAAAGUAAAGUAGGUGUUGUACAUAGUGAGGAUGUUUACUGUGAGGAACAUUUAGCUGACAAUACUCCAGUUAAAGCCUCCAGUUAUUUGACAGAGCCUCAUCAGUCACAAUCACGUAUGAGCAGAGUUUGUUUUCACGUUCAUCUGCUGAAGGGAAAGUUUUUCUCAAAUCCCAGUUUGACACCCGGAAACACCAGCAGGAGUUUUCACAUAUAAGGAAUUACAUUUUUUUUUUUUUUUUUUACAAGGAAACAUAUCAGAGACAUGCUCUUAUUGGCAGCAAACCAUUAUACACUCUAGUAGAGAGUGAGUCAGAUUUGCGACAGAGUUGAAGUGAAGUAAAAACACCUCUAACUCAAAAGGAGUUAUGGCCAGUCACUGCCUUAAAACACCCCAUUUCCACUCGCAGAAGACCCAAUAACAAUGAUCGACUGGCAAAGGAAAGGUAUAUGAAAACCUUCGGGGCAUAUUUGUCAGCUUCAGAUCCGAUCAACAUAGAACAGAUAAUGAAAGCUGUAAACACACCUGUCACCAACACACUGCUGUUAAACCAGAAACAACAUGGCUACACUGCGCCCUUCAGAAGAAAGAGUG